AUGCAUUCUCUCUCUCUCUCUCCAUUGCUUGCAUUGGCAUAUCAAUGGAAGGCCAACUCUCCUCUCCUCCUCCCUCUGUCAUCGUCUCGGACCGCGCAGAGGUGGACACCAGUCGCCCCUUCCGCUCCGUCAAGGAGGCCGUCGCCGUCUUCGGCGACCGCUUCCUCGCCGGCAACGGUCGUUCGCAGAAGAACACUUGGUCGAGGCCAGUGAUCUCCGUGCCACCCCCGAAGCAACCCAGUUCGGCGUCUUCCUCGCCUCCCUCGUACUCCUCUUCAGCUUCUCACUUUAUCCAGGAGAAGGAGGAGGAGCUCGUCAUCCUAAGCUCGCUGCGGAAGCUGGAGGCGGAACUGAAGGAAGCCAAGCGAGAGCUGGUGCUGCUGAAAGGGAGGGAGUCGGAGACGGAGAUCGCGGUCGCGUCGCUGAGCGCGCAGCUCAGCGAGAGCAUGUCCAAGCUGGCAGAGAUGGAGGCGGUCAUGGAAGACGAGGCGCAGCCGUGCAGGGUGCGCAGCGAGCGGUGGCAGGAGGAGAGGAUGGAGGACUUCAAAGCCAGCUUGGAGUACCUGCCAACUCUGGCUCAAGCUUUCGGCCUUGCAGGGCUGGAAGAAGGCUUCGGUGGACGAAGGAAGAGAGAGGUGCCAAAGAAGAAGCCCAUCAUUCCUCUGAUACCUGACAUCUUCUCCAAGAAGAAAGGAUGAUCGAUCCACGGACUUCUCUCAACAGUUCUAAGCUCAUCAUCUCCACGUACUUCUUUGCAUGCAUUUGCCUUGUUCUUCUGCUUGUGUGCUCAAUAUAUAUGAUCAUGAGAAGAGUGAUAUGUGGUGUACAAUAUAUCUAUCAUAUUAAUAUGAUCAAUUAU